AAUGGGUUGAUUUUCGCAGCCACAAACCAUCUCUGGCUUCCACUGAUGCCAGCAGGUAUGAAACAUAUAGGAAAUGCACUAUGGAGCUACAGCUCCUCCAGCUGCUGACAGUGCUAACAGCCUUCCGCUGUGCUAGGACAGGGCUUCAUGGAUGCGUUUUCAGGCCAGAGAAUAAAAACACUAGGAAGCUGUAAAGUCAAACCAAAGGUCCAUUAGCCCAACAGCAUGUGCAGUGGCCAGUUGCAGGUGAUUAAGGAAGAUGGCUCAGGACAGAGCAAGAACGCAACCUCUCCUCUCCCCCAAAAAACUUUGCAGUUUCUGAGAAUGAACAGCUUUGGGAGUAUCUGUCUGCUGCACCUUUUGAUAUACAAUUUGUCUUCCUCCUAGGGCAUUCGAAGUCUUCCUACAUUUUCUAACUUCAUUUGCAGCAGAGGGACUUUAGGAAUUCCCGGGAGAGGACCAUUGCUCAGGAGAAACCGGGGCAGCAGUCGAGUCAGAUCUGCCCCUGAGCGGGGACUGCCGGCUGCUCCCUGAGCUGGUGCAAAGCUCUCCGCGAACAGGCUGCACAAAAAUAUGCGGGGAGCUGGCGCCUGAGGUGCACGGGGUCUGCGGACACAUGGACACAUCUGCUGCUGCAUUUCUUCAGGUAACGCUUACAAAUCAAACGCCUGGCAGCUCGCGUUAAAACUGAGGAGUAAUGGGAGAAAUUGCCGUUUGAACUGCUCCAGUUAUUUAUUGCAAAUGCCGUACCAUGGGUAACCCCAGCUCCUCGAGUUCCCCACGCUCAAAAGGACAGCUGAACGUGGAGGCUGACCUGGGGAUGUUGAACAUGUGGCAUAACCAGCACCUCUCACUUCAGAAAAGGUGUUGGCUGCCUGCAGGCUUCGGUACUGGUUGCUGUGUGGUUGGUGAGUGUUUGGUUAAGGGCUCCCGGCCCCCUGCGACGACAGCCAGCCCCACGCAGGGUGCAAGGACUCGUGCCUGCAGAAGCCCUGCCACCCUCCCAGAGCCAAGGGAUGGGGAGUAUGGCUUGGAGAAGAGAAGCCUGGGUGAAGAGGUGGAAACAUCAAAUGCCUUGUAGUGGGUGAUAUGAAGGCUCUAACCCAUAAAAGUGUGGGUUUGGAUUUUAAAUAACGUAGCCUUGCUUCGUGUAUUGGUUACCUUCUCCUCGUGCCCUCCGGUGGGAGAGGUGACACAGCUGUGUGCACCUGCCUCCUCUUCUUGCCGUCCCUGCCAGCCCUCUCCUGCCCAAAAGGUCUGUUAUACAGGACAGACUUUUGAGGCAAGGUCUUCUCUACCCUUUAAAAUGCUUCAGCUGCAAAGCAGAGCCAUAUUUUGCAGAGUUAAUCAUGGCAAUGGCUAUUGUGACAUAUUGGUUACUCUUUAAAAAGUUGUGGUGACGACUGCCGCACUGACUGAUUCCUCGUUCUUUAUAGUCUGCACCUUUUCCUCCUCCGGAUUGUGUCAACGUAUAUUUUCAUUAUGUUGGACUUUGCUUACGUUUAUCUGAUUUUAAGUCGGUGCUUUGCGUAGCUCAAGGCUCGUAGCUCGUGUUUGAUGUGUAGCAGCAGACAGCUUUGUGUUGUGGUUUGUUCUUUGUGUCAGAAAGCGGUUUGUUUCCCUAGUUGGUGUCACAUCCCUGCCGCGGGAGUGUGCGACCAGCUGGUUUGUUUUCACUCAGCCCUUUCGGAGGGGGUAGGGGCUUAUGCCUGUCUGUGGGACAUAUCAGCUGCCUGUUAAGAUCUUGGAAGAAUCAACAAAAUGGAAUUAAUGAACUGUACAGCUGAAAACGGGGAUUAUCUUGGAUGGAUGGUCCUAAACUGAGCUAGUUCUUACUGCUUUGCAACUGUACUCGUGAGGACGGAGUGGGGGGGUCCAGGUACAUCUCUGGGCACAGGAGCCGCCUCGCCAGCAGCCACCGGGACAGGCAUCUACGCUGGACCAGCUGCCUGCGCUAACAUCUCCCUACCCAUCCCCAGAACUUUGCUGAUUCCUUCUGCUAAAGAUGGCUCAGACAUGGGCAGUUCUGGCUGCGCUCCUUUUCUUGCUAAUCGGUCUGGUUGAAGGACAAGCUUACAACAUGGUGAAUGUGGAGGUUGGUCAUGAGGCUGUGUUGAGUUGCCCUUACACCUCCAAGGAGCCUUUGCUAAUGGUGAUAUGGAAGAUGAAAUGCAGCACUUGCUGCUUGUUGGCCUAUAGAAGUGAUCACAACAAGACAAAGAAGUUAAACUGCAGUGAGAGGAUGAUGUGGAGAUAUUCACCUGACAGUGACCCUGCUCUUCGGAUUUACCCUGUGAACCUUGAUGAUGAGGGAAACUACACCUGUGAAGUCGUCAGCAGAGCAGGGAAUUUUCUAUUUUUCUCUUCUCUAACUGUGACAGUCCCUCCGACAGUGACUCUGACCUGUGACAACAGCAGGGGAGUGGUCUGUCGAGCAUCUGCUGGAAAGCCAGCUGCUGACAUCUCCUGGGUCUCUGCAAGUAGUCACAGCACCGAGGAAGAAGUCCAUCACCCCAACGGAACAGUGACCAGAGUGAGCUACAUAGCCUGGGUCAACAGCACGCAUCCCACUGUCACCUGCCUGGUUACCCACCCAGCUACAAACCAGACCCUCUCCCUAGACCUGUCACAUACUUCUCCCAGGAUUCCUUACCUCCUGAUAGCAGGACCUGCAAGUGUUGCUGCUGUCAGUGGUGUGACUUUAUGCUUGAUUUUCACACGCAGAGUUUUCCAGGUACCUAAACUGGCACGUGGGUCAGCAGCACCAUUGGCAACUAAGAAUUUCAGGUCCACACCAUCACGUGUGAAAACAGCAGUGGUCAAGCCUCCUGUCUUAUCAGAGAUUAUCUAUCAGAAUUAUGAUCCAACAAUGAUAAAUAUGAACUAUGCAACAGUGUAGGCAUAAGCAGUCUAACACCAGCUCAGCUACUGCUGAUACCAUACUUGGACUUCAACGAACAGUACUCAGACUUUACCACAAAGCAGGCCAGCAGAACACUCAAAAUACCCCGCAAAAGUCUUUCCUGAUCUGAAGGCGGUGGGGGAGAGCAACCCAUUUUACUAAAUUUUUUGAAAUCUUUCUCUAAAUAUCAGUACAGCUCUUGAAACAUUUGAAACUUUUAAAGAUGGAGUUGGGGAAAUACUGAUCUGUGUUUUGUUUAAACAUGGUAUGAGGUAUGUGCUGUCUUUCCUCAAAUCAGUAAUUGAUAUAUUUCUGUGCUGGAGUCACAGAUCGGUGGUGAAAAUGAGGCACUUUUUUCCAUUUUAGCAAUGGGAUUCUCUCUUCAAUUUUGUGUUAGAAACCAGGAAGUGAUACAGGGAACCCCAAAACGUAGAAGGUCAAAGAAACACAUCCAGCAGAAAUGCAGAAAUAAAAGAGUUGGGGUUUUUUCUGGGUAAAUAAGUUAUGUGUGGCGGAGGUAUUUGUCAUCUUUGUUUAUUUUGUUUUAUUUUUUUUUAAUUAAACUUUCUGUUUGUAUUGCUAGUGGAAGAAAAAAAAGCCAAUUUGGAAUUGUACUUGGUAUGGAAAUGAGAAACAGAAAUGGGCAGUUUUCUAAGAUUCAUUUUCAAGUAAACGUGCAAAUAUGCAAAUAUUUACCUAAAUGAUUCUGGUGCUAUUUGGGUGAAUGUUUACUGACCAGUUUCUUAGAAGCUGAGUUCACAGUGUGGUUUUAUUGGGAACAGAAACUUGAAGUUGUGAAAAAUGCAGGUGGUGUGCUUGUUUAGAACACUCUUAACCAAACCAUUUAUUUCUUCUUAUCCUUGUGCUUCCAAGCUGAACCACCACCACCCUUCCCGCCCCUGACCCGUUGUUACCUGCAGUCCUCGUUUGUCAGGUUUGUCAGACCUCCCAGAUGCUAAUGCAGCAGUAAACGUACCGAAAUGUGGGUUUCGAACGGCCUUUGCCUGCUCGUUGCUGAAGGAAAUCAUCUCUGCUCCAUCAGUGUUCUUAGGCAUGAGGAUGUCCCUGAGCCUUUUAAUUGCACUUCCCUUUAUCACUUCUAAAUAGACAUGGGGGGGGCACCUACUGACAUCCCUCCAGUCCAAACAUUUUAUUUUAGUUGGAAAGGCAUGAAGAGUGAUUCUCUGCCUUAAUAAAAAGUGCCUACAGAAGGUAGUCCAUUCAUGCCUGGUACCAAGCGAUGCCUUUCUCGUGCUGUUAAAUGGCAAUGAUGGGUCACUAUCUCAGAGCUGUGUACAGCUCCUCCGUGCCAUCUGUGGGGAAGGAGACACAUCUUUUGUUGCAUAAAGCCUCUGGGAAAAAAUAGUGGCAGAUAGUCAGAAUUAUUGAAAGCAGGUUUUUUGCAGUGCUGAGUAGGGAAAUGUUUUGGAGCUCUUGUGAAAUCCAUCAUAGUGCCGUAGUGUAAGGAAGCGGUUUCCCAGUUCUGCUGGCCCACAGCUGGUGGUGCGUUGUGGGCGUGAUCCAGCACCCUUUUUUGUUCUCCCUGUCAGCCGGGAGCUUUCACAAUCAUGACGCUGCCAAGGAGUCUGUUGUGACUGGAAGCCUCUGAAACUGGGGGGAGAUCUCUUGUUGCUUAGGGGACUGCCCAGCUGGAUUUAAACUUGGGUUCCUAGGCUGGUGGUGCUCCGUGUGACAAUCGAACAGGGGUCAUUCCUGUGGACAACUACAGCAGUGCAGGUCUGUCUUAUUCAGAAGCUGGACCGCUGCGGCCAGAUCGAAGGAUGACGUGGCUGUCAAAACGAAGAGUUAGGCUGUGGAGCAGUCUUCUUUUGGCAAUCACGGUGCAAGUGUGUUGUGACUUUUAGGGUGCAAAGCAAGAACGUUUUGUAAUUCCUUUGCACAAAGAGAAAUGUUGAGGAGUAAGAUCUAACAGAAACAGAGGAAAUAGAACUUAGGGAGAUGGUGGUGUGUGUGUGUGAAAGCUGGAGAAGCAUCGCUGUGUUAAUUAACCCUGGCUGAAAAGUGUGGUUUCCAUGCUUAUGAUUUUAUUUUCCCCUCUAAUCUGUAUUUCAUGGAAUUGGUCCAGUCACCUGCAAUGUGUCAGCAUUUCCAUUAACCUAGAAAUUCUGAGCAGACUUUGAUGUGCUGAAACAAGGUGCUCUGGCAAUGAGAUAAGUCCCUUUCAUGCUGCAGGUACUUGGUGAAAUGGGCUCUGCUGGUGGUUCCACAGCUCUUAACAGCCAUGGUGGGCUAGGGUUUGCCUGAUUUCUUAUUUCUGGGAUGGACCAAGAGCCAGUUCUGCUGCAACCUCUCAGAAAAUUAGCUUACAGCACUGUAGUCAGGCUCUAAUCAUUACCUGUUUACUGCCAACAAAAAGCUUCAGCUACCAACACACAGCUCAGGCGAACCCGCAUGUUGCAGGCAUUAAAAGACCUCAGCUGCCUAAUUGUUGUAUCUUCCUUCUGAAUAAAAUUGGCCCUCAAGUUUUUCAAGCUUGUUGUAUAUGAUUAAUAAAACUUAUUAGGCCAAAGAGAAUAAUGUGGCUACUGGCGGUGAUUGCAAGAAAGGAUGGGACGUGAAUAGUGCUUCCAGGCAGAGCAUAAUAAUUGAACAAGCUCACUUAAUUUUCUGCUCAUCUUUUGUGUUUGUUGUAAGACUGGCAUAAGUGGUAGGUAGUUUCAGAUAUAGAAUUUGCUGCUUGUUGAGCUGUCUGCAAUUCACUGGAGCUUUUGACCACAGGAGUGUUACAUCCAAGCUGUCAGCAGGUGAUAACCAUUCCAGUGGGGCUGUCGGCUCUGCUAACAGCAUUGCCUUUGGAAGGAGGAGGGUAGGAUUAGCCAGGCGGUGUGCCCAUGUGUACCCAGAAAGGAAGUCCUUGCUGCUUGGGAUAAGACAUAGAGAUCUGCAAGCUGAAUGGUUUUGUAUGGAAGCAGAGAGAGGAAAAUGGGAGAGACUGGAGACGCGGGUUGACAGAGAACAGUUAAGACCAAGAAAGAGAGCAUGGUGUUGUGUCUUUGCUGCUUCAUACUUAAUGGUGUGAUUAAUUACUUUUUCCAUUCCCACUGCCUGUCACUGGGUACCUUAACUGCUGGUGGUGACUGGUGAAGGACAGAUGUUGUCACAUGGGAAGCUCUGGGCAUGGGCUUUGAUGUUUUCCACUCUGCCUGCCGUCGCCAAAGAGCUGCGUGUGUCAUGCUGCUUGGUCUCACAAGCUGCACACCAAAGGGUUAAAAGCCAUGAGGCACGCACCUCAGGGUGGCGAGGACAAGGAGGGAGAGGCCUGAGAAGCAGGACUGGUGUGCAGCGGUGCCCGGCUGCUGGGCCAGGGCAGCAGGCUGGGUGCGGGACCCCCUCCCACGCUGCCCGGGAGCAUCCCAUGGGCGCUGCUGGCUCCUGCCCCAGCUGUGUCCUCCUGGGAUGGCUGCUGAGAAAGUGCCUGUUUCCCGCCUGGAUUUAAUUUUGUAGGUGAUCUCGAGUAUUUAGAGAAUGAGAAGAAAAUCACUUAAGUAUUUUCUUUCGUGUUGAUUUUAUAGGAGGUGGGCAUCUCGGCGUAAUCCAAAGACUAAUCCAAAUUGUGUUUUGGUCUCUUUUAGGAAUUUAGUAUGGAAAAUAACCAACUUGAAGAUGUUUUAAUGAGUAUAUUUAGCAUGCUUUUUUACCUUAAUUGCAAGAACGCUUGUGGUGUUCUUAAUACCUUUUUUCUUUAUUUGCACGGAAAGCAAAUUUAAGCAAGGCAAAUAUUUCAGACUGCAAAAUUCCACAUAUUCUUCUGUGUCCUUGUCAAAAUGCUAGGGAAACGGUGACUCUUUAUUGAAUAUUCAUUGUGAGAGAGCUACUAAAAGGCAAUGGGUGUUGCAGUGAGCUAUUUGAACGUUCUGGGGGGUGGGGGGUGGGAAAUUAAACAAAAGGUUGGGAGUGUCAGCCCCUGCUCCGGGGCUGUUGCAACAGCUCUGCCUUGCCACUGCUGUUUUGGACAGACUAUUUAGUCAAAUCCACAGUUGAUUGAACGUCACUUGAGCUUUUUAGCACUAAAUGUGAUUAUAGAUGAAAGCGCUCCUGUUUGUUGUGUGGACUUUCAGUUUAUAGGGCACUCUUGGUAACAGUGAUGAUGUCUGCUUUAUGAUUAAUCUAUGAGCAACUUAUCUCCUGGAACAGCAGGUGUUGUGAUGCUGCCAAACAGUUCUUUCUCUCUUUCUGUUCACCGAAUAUGGGGAGAAAAAAAAAAAAGUUACGUUUGGAACCCCAUAAAUUGGAAUGUAUCUUCAGAUUACAAACAAGAUUUGUUUAGAAUUCUAAUUUUCGAAACCAGGAUCGAAAUGAAGAAAGUAAAUAAUUUUCCUGCAGACUUUGGAAAUGGAGCAAAUGUCCUAAAGUUAUUUGCUAUCUUAGUGAAUAGCUUGGUUUCCUAAGUUGGUAUUUCUUGCAGCUGUUUUUUCGUCUAGCAUUUUUGGCAUCAAUUUGUCAUUACUUUUAUUCUCUGAUGAGAAAAUAAUACUUUCCUUGGUUCUCCCCUAAUAAACUGUAACGCCUGUGGAAUAUUGUCCCGCUGGUUUUGACCAUUUUGUGACUUGGUCUUUCUGCCUUUGUGAAGUUCUUUUGUUAGUGUUAACUUGUCCUCAGCUACUUGGCUUGGUGUCCACAAUCUGUAUGCAUUUGUCAUGUGCUGGAGGCAGUGGAGAGCUCAUGAUUUAACCAAGAGGGUUUUCUACUACAUUUCCUACCAUUUCUCUGUCCUGGAGUAGUUAGCAUUUGUGCUUUUAAUGGUGCUUCUUUAAGCAAUUACCCACUUUUCUCUUUUUCCUUAAAGCUGUCUCCCCAGUCCUCUCAUGAACCAGUUGUCUCAGUUUAUUGAUUUUUAUCUUUUCUAAUUAUUUUAUUAUCAGAUUCUCUUUCCUUUUCUUUUUGGCAUCAAAUACAAUUGCAUUCUCCAUUCAAUUGCUUUAGUAGGUGCCAGAUCCUCUCAAUGAAAUUUUUCUUUAUAAGAUUUUAUUUUUGGUGGUGGUGGUGUGGUGUGGGAAAAUUACUUUGGGGGGGAAUUAGAGAAAACUGGGACCUAAUAGAAGCGUAGUAUUACAGACAGCUUUUUAGGCUAAUAUACAGCUAUGGCUUUCAGGAUGGUUGGCAUGCACAGAAUCUACAUCACCACAGCUCCCUAAGCAACACACCCUGCUCAGCACAUGCUGAUAGGAGUGACGGAGGAUGGAGUGGAGUGGAGACCCUGCGGCCAGCUCUGCCGUGCUCCCUGCAGGAACGGAAACUCAAUGGCACCACACAGCUGAUAAGCUGCAGAGCAGUUGUCACAUGAAGGUGACAUGUCCAUGGCUGAGCCAACCACUGUGGCAAAAUGACUUUCCUCAGAUGAAAUAAUCUCAGUGUAGUCCUAACACACACCUCCAUCCCACAGCUACCUGCCUCCAAGGUACUACUACACCUCACUGGGCACGGGAUGCCAAUCAGUAACAAAAAUAGAAAUGGCUAGAGUCACUCAAGCUCCACCUAAAUGUAAGGAAAAUGGAUCGUCCUGGACUAAAAUAAGUCUGAAGGGGGGGAAUCGUGUCUAAACUCCUGAUUACAACUCUGAUUUAGUGUUUAACUCUGACCCAGCCUCUAAAGUUGUCCAAAUCGAUGAACAAAAGGAGUUCUAAUGAAGGGAAUUCUGCCUUGGGAAGGGCAGGAGACAAAGAACAGACAGUGAAAAGAACACCGCUCUCUAAGAAAGAGGCAUUCAAGCGAGGAAGUUCUGGCCUCAAGAGAAGACAAGCUGAUAAGGUGCUGCACCCCCCCACCCCCCAACAAAACUUAGCUGGAAGUAGGAAAGUAGGACAAAGGUAAUUGUGGCAGUGGGAGAUUGCAACCUCUGACUCACAUACCCCCCUCCCCCCCCAAAAGAGGAGAAAACCUUGCUUGAGGAACACGCUUAGUUAUUGAAGAACUUCAGCAGUGCUAUCUGAGGGUGCACACUAAUUUACAUUGGAAGCGAGCAACUUGGGACCAAUCCUGUAUAUGAUGAAUGAAUAUGCAACGUCCUAUGAAGUAUAAAAAGUGAACAAAUGAGGGGAGAAAUUAGGGAAGACCAUAGUAACUUCUGGGAUCAGUUGACAGGCUGAACCUGUCUUCUCCCCCAUGGGGCCACCUUUUGGGUAAGGACUUUAUUCUACAGCUAACUCAUGCUAGCUGUUACUGAGUGAGUUGUUUUAAGCUUGCUUUGCAGUCAGUGUAUUAUCACCAGCAAUCUUUGAACCUUAUUCUGUCACAAACCUGUAUUUUGUUUAAUGUGGAUCAUCAGCUGAAAUUCAUUUCGUGGAAGUUGCUGGAGAUCUGAGUAGUUACUAUAAGGGACUGACUGAGUGAUGCUGUGAGUGGGGGUCCCCGAGUAGGUUGGUCGAACCCCCUCCAAUACAGGCUGUCACAACACAGGUAGUGGGCAGGCUUGUUGGGCACAAGGGUCUUGUCUUUCCUGGGAAACUGGCAGGCUGAUCAAAUACAAAGGGUUCGAGGAGACCCCCCUCCUUAACGUGACAGGUGGGAUGGGUGGGUAGGAACAAUCAGUUUCAAAUUGUGACUUGUUUUGGAAUUUUCUAGUGUUCUUCACUGAACUUUGCCUUAGGGACACACUUACUCCAGGUCUCCUUGAUUUUUUUUUGGCCAAUACAUAAUAGAAGAUUAAUUGCUUGAGUAUAAACCACUCCUGUGCUUCAGCUUCUGCAAAUGUAAGCUCCCCUACCAAGUCUAAAUGCAUAACAUGCAUGUUACUUGUCCUUGGAUGACAUCUGCCUUGCAUUAUUAGGCAAAUAUCAUAGCCAGUUUCUUGUUUUCCUCCAUAGUUUACAUGCAGCUUUGUACCAUUCACAGCAGCCAUAAGCAUCCAGCUGAGAGAAACUAUGCGGGCAUUUAUCAGUGAGGCUUUUCAGAAAAUUUUGGUUAUCAGUGAUUUUACUUAGUUCAGACACAAUAACAAAAUAUCUCUGAGAUAAUGUCAUGCUUUCCCUGAAUGGGGCUAUACCUAUGUCUGACUCAUACAUUGUUGGUAACAUUGUAUAUAACCAAGAAAUUGUGGACUGAGCUCCACUGUAGAAAGCAGAUGUUACUUUAUUCAAUUAAGCAUAAUAAGCAAUGAUAUUUUCAGAGAAAGAGGAGAACCCUUGUGUAUUUGCAAAAAUAAAACUUACCCCCAAGAAGAGUAGAAGCAAACAGCAUAAGGAGGUUUUUUACUCCACUUUUACUCUCUUGUCAUUAUCAAGCUCUCACUGCAUCUGCCGCAGUGUUUCCCACGUAUUUUCUAGUGGUUUUGCCUAUGUUAUCAAAUCAUUUAGCACACAGUACCCAGAGAAGCCUCUUGGACUUCCUUGUUCAGACGGGCUAGUCUGAAUUGGCCUCCAUGUUGACCCCUGAUUCAUAGUCUUAUUUUUGUGUGAAGGCUUGUAUUGUUCUCUAGCACUGAUCCUGGCCUCCACAUUUAAUCUGAUGCCCGGCAUGGAGAACUCUGGAACAACCAGAGAUAAGGCAAAUAGCUUCAUGAGAAGGAAUGCAACAGAUCAUUCCUUUCAUUGGGAUCUCCUUUGGGUAUCUUACCUGAGUCACACUGGCUGCAGUUGGCAACCUUGGUGACAAAGGUCUUGAAAAGCCUGAGCAGCUUUUAUCGGAGCCUGACUGGUAAUUUGCCUCACAGUUGCAGAGGUGGUACCCAAACCUCUGCGUCUUGCUCCUUGUCUUACCCUGGGAAGCUUCUGCAAGAACUUUUAAAGUCUGUUAAUUGCUGUAUUCCCCGUGGCAAGACUUCCCUGCCUUCUAUCUU